UGCCAAAACACAAAACUAGGGGAUAUCUCACAAAAAAUUCGUAAAUUUAUUAUACGUCUUAUGUGUGCAAGAUAUAUCGACAAUCUGGUUUCGGUUUUGGACCGGAGGACCGGUGAAUAACCUUUCCGCCUUUCGUCGUGCUUCCAAUUCUCUGUCGUUCAUUUUAUUCAAAACCCUCCGUUUCUUUUUCUUCACCAAAAACACCCUCCAAUAACAAUGGCGGUAACCUCAAUCUCACAACCGAAACCGUCUCUCUCCUCUCUACUCACCCUGCUUCCUCUCUUCUUCAAAAACAACAAAUUCAGCGAUGCAAAAUCCCAUUUACUUUCUUUCAUCGCCUCCGAUUCCCAGCACACACUUCACAACCACCUCCUUCAUCCUUCCUCCCACCUUCCUCCGCCCACCAAAGCCCUCUUCGACACCGCAAUCGCCGCCUACUGCCAAUCAGGAAAACCUCAUUUCGGCUUUCAAGUCUUCAAGAAGAUGAAGCGUCUCAGACUGAAGCCUAAGCUGCUCACUUGCAACACAUUGCUCAAUUCAUUGGUAAAGUACCCAUCUUCCCAUUCUAUUUCAGUUUGUAGAGAGUUAUUUGAUGAUAUGUCUCGAAUUCAAGUCGCCCCGAAUGUUGUUACUUUCAAUAUUUUGAUUAAAGGGUAUUGUUCGGAAUUUCAAUUUAAGGAUGCUAUGGAAGUACUUAGAAUUAUGGGUGAUUUUGAUUGUUUUCCUGAUAAUGUUACUUAUAAUACUAUUUUGGAUGCUUUGUGUAAGAAAGGUAGGUUGAAUGAGGUUAGGGAUUUGUUGUCUGAUAUGAAGGGUAAAGAGUUGGUUCCUGAUCGGAAUACUUAUAAUAUAUUGAUUAAUGGGUAUUGUAAGAUGGGGUGGUUGAAGGAGGCGGCGCAUGUUAUCGAUUUGAUGACUCAUAAUAAUUUCUUGCCCGACGUUUGGACUUAUAAUAUGUUAAUUAAUGGGUUGUGUAAUGAUGGGAAGAUUGAUGAAGGGUUGAGGAAGAGAGAUGAGAUGGAAAAGUUGAGAUUGAUGCCUGAUGUGGUUACUUAUAAUACUUUGAUUAAUGGGUGCCUCAAGUUUAGGGAUAGUAAAGAGGUGUUUGCUUUGUUGGACGAAAUGAGGGAUAAGGGAGUGAAGAAGAAUGCGGUUACUUAUAACAUAAUUAUCAAAUGGUUUUGUGAUCAAAGGAAGAUUGAAGAUGCAACGAAUGCGCUUAAGGAGAUGGAAGAGAGUAGGGUUUCUCCAGAUUGUGUGACUUAUAAUACUUUGAUUAAUGCGUAUUGUAAAAUGGGAAACUUUGGAGAAGCUUUCAAGCUGAUGAGUCAGAUGGGUGGGAAGGGUUUGAAGAUGGAUGUUUUUACAUUGAAUAUGUUUCUUCAUACUCUUUGUGAGGACAAGAGGCUUGACGAGGCUUAUGAGCUACUAAAUGGUGCCAUUAGGCGGGGUUAUGUGCUUGAUGAAGUGAGUUAUGGCACUUUGAUUGCAGGGUACUUCAAGGAUGAAAAGGAGGGGAGAGCUUUAAAGGUCUGGGAGGAGAUGAAAGAGAAAGGGGUCAUUCCAAGUGUUACCACUUAUAAUUCUUUAAUUGCGGGAUUCUGCAAAUCAGGAAAAACCGAACAAGCAAUUGUGAAGUUGAAUGAACUUAUGGAAUGCGGGUUGUUCCCAGAUGAUACUACAUUCAACACCAUCAUCCAUGGUUAUUGCUGGGAGGGUAAGGUCGAGCAAGCAUUCCAAUUUCAUAACAAAAUGGUGGAGAAUGCAUUUAAGCCUAAUGUGUACACAUGUAAUAUUCUUCUCCGUGGACUUUGCUCUGAUGGGAUGCUUGAAAAGGCUAUAAAGCUUUUUAAUACAUGGGUUUCAAAAGGCAAAGAAGUUGAUGCAGUUACCUACAAUACCUUGAUAACAAGUCUAUGUAAGGAUGGAAAACUUGAAGAUGCAUUGAGUCUUGUGAAGGACAUGACGGAAAAUAACUUAGGACCAGAUAAGUACACCUAUAACGCCAUUUUCAAUGCCCUAGUCAGUGCGGGGAGAACAGUGGAAGCAGAAAAAUUCAGGGAAACAAUGCUUCAAGCUGGAACGUUACAGGAUAAAUGCUCACAGCCUGAAAAGGUUGUAACAGUUGAUAAUGUUGUUGAGGCGGUAGAGCCAAUUUCAUGUGCUGAAGACUUUUCAAAGAGGAUAAAUGAACUGUGUAUGGAAGGUAAAUACAGGGAAGCGAUGGACAUUUAUCAAGAGGCUACUCAUAAAGGAGUAGCUGUAAAUAAGACAACUUAUUUCACUUUGAUUGAGGGGCUCCUUAGGAGAAGAAAGCCGAUAUCAAAGGGAGCUCAUUGACAUCUGUUGAAAUAAUGGGUUCCUGUGACCAACUUUCUUCCAUGAGAUGGAUUUAUACGUGAUUCAACCUGAGCCUAGCUAAG